AUUUCAUUCCUCCGUCUUCGCACUACACACUCCACAAGUUCAACCAGUCAUCAAUCAUGCACAGAUUCAUCUCUCUUUCAUCCAAAUCCAAACUAAAAUCAUCACAAAAACGCUUUAGUACAUGUUAUUCUACUUACAACUCCAUAAACCCACCCCCAAAUUCACCAUUAACCCAGACUAACAAUGCCCUUUAUGACAAACUUUCAUACAAACGACCAAGAUUUUCCUUCGUUUUCUCAUCUGGGUUUCCAUUAAAUCCAUUGAAAAUUGCAACUUCCACCCGAGCUGGGGGUGAGUUUUUAAACGGUCGAAGCUUCUGUAGUGGAGCAGAAGCAGUCAUCAGCAGAGAGUCUAUGAAUUAUGAUGUGGUAAUUGUUGGAGCUGGCCCUGCUGGCCUCUCUGCAGCAAUAAGGUUUAAGCAAUUGUGCCACGAGAAGAAUGUUGAUUUGUCAGUUUGUGUUGUGGAGAAAGGUGCUCAAGUUGGUGCUCAUAUCUUGUCAGGGAAUGUGUUUGAGCCCCGUGCACUGGAUGAACUUCUCCCACAGUGGAAACAGGAAGAUGCACCGAUACAUGUCCCUGUAACUUCUGAUAAGUUUCUAUUGCUAACCAAGAAUCAUGCUUUGCCUCUGCCUAGUCCUUUUAACAACAAAGGAAACUAUGUUAUAAGUUUGUCUGAGCUGGUUCGUUGGCUGGGAGUGAAGGCUGAAGAAUUAGGUGUUGAGAUAUACCCAGGUUUUGCUGCUAGUGAGGUUCUAUAUGAUGUGGAUGACAAGGUUAUUGGGGUUGCAACCAAUGAUAUGGGAGUGGCCAAAGAUGGCACUAGAAAAGACAACUUUCAACCAGGGGUGGAAUUGAAAGGGAAAGUUACUCUUCUUGCUGAGGGAUGUCGAGGAUCAUUAUCGGAGAAUGUAAUCAGUAAGUAUAACUUGAGAGAUAAAGGGCAGGGACAGCAUCAGACAUAUGCUUUAGGAAUUAAAGAGGUAUGGGAAGUCAGUGGUGAUAAACACUAUCCUGGGUUAGUGCUUCACACACUUGGUUGGCCCUUGGAUCAUAAGACAUAUGGCGGAUCUUUUUUGUACCAUAUGAAAGAUAGACAGGUUGCUAUUGGUUUUGUGGUUGCUCUGAACUAUCAGAACCCAUUCUUGAACCCAUAUGAAGAAUUCCAGAAAUUUAAACAUCAUCCUGCCAUCCGCAAUCUUCUUGAGAGAGGGACUGUCCUUCAAUAUGGUGCUCGGACUUUGAAUGAAGGCGGUUAUCAGUCUAUCCCAUAUCCAGUUUUCCCUGGUGGAGCAAUUAUUGGAUGUUCUGCUGGCUUCUUAAAUGUACCAAAAAUAAAGGGAACACAUACUGCUAUGAAAUCAGGGAUGGUAGCAGCAGAAACUGCAUUUGGCGUGCUCCAUGAAGGUUUCUCAAUGGAAGCCUAUUGGGAAAAAUUAAUAAAUUCAUGGAUAUGGAGAGAACUCCAUGCUGCAAGGAAUUUCCGCCCUGCAUUUGAAUAUGGGCUCAUUCCAGGAUUGGUUUUGAGUGCUUUAGAACACUAUGUAAUGAAAGGAAGAUCUCCCUGGACUCUGAAGCAUGGAAAACCUGAUCAUGAGGCGACAAAGGAAGCGCGGUUAUGCCCACGAAUUGAAUACCCAAAGCCUGAUGGGGUUCUGUCAUUUGACGUACCAACAUCUCUAUACAGGAGCAAUACAAAUCAUGAUCAUGACCAACCCGCUCAUCUUCGGCUGAGAGACCCUCAAAUUCCUGAACUUGUGAAUCUGCCUAUCUAUGAUGGCCCUGAGUCGAGAUAUUGCCCUGCCCAUGUUUAUGAGUACAUGCCCGAUGAAAAGGGUCAGCUGAAGCUGCAAAUCAAUGCCCAAAAUUGCCUGCACUGCAAGGCUUGUGAUAUUAAGGACCCAAAACAGAACAUCCAAUGGACGGUGCCAGAAGGUGGCGGUGGCCCAGGUUACUCAAUCAUGUAGGUGAUUGUUGAAGAUUGACGUCAAUAAUGUUGUAGUUACUCGAAUGUCAUGCAAAAAGAGAUGCCUCAUUCAGCACUUAAAAACUUUAUAUACUUUGUUAACUCUUUAUUGUUCAUGUGCAAUGUGAAUUUUGAAAGGGAGAUGAAAAGAAGAAAAAAUAAAAGAUAAAGUUCUGCAA